GUGCUAAUUAGGUAUUCUGUAUUUAAUAGAAAUCUUCAGCCUGCCGACCUGUUGUGUCAACAGCGCUGUGACAUUGCAAGCGCGUUGCACGGCGGACACACAAUCGGCGACAAACAAAGAGAAUUUUUGAAGUUUGUCGGUGUGUUUAGCCAACGCCAUUUAUUUCGAUAGCUUAAGUACACACAAAGACAGCGUACAUAAACCCUGCAUCUGCGUAGCAUCUUAUUUCUGAGUGUUGCUGAGGUUGUAUGACACUGCUGUUGUCUACUGUCGUAGGCUUCCACACGUCUAAGGAAGGAAAGAUUUCGCAAUGCCAAGACCUUUAAGGAAUAGCUACGGCAGCGCUAAGCCUCCUUACUCCUACAUAUCUCUGACUGCAAUGGCCAUACAGAGCUCUCCGCAGAAGAUGCUCUCGCUCAGCGAAAUUUACCAGUUUAUUAUGGAUCAUUUUCCCUUCUACAGGGAGAACACGCAGCGUUGGCAGAACUCUCUGAGGCACAACUUGAGCUUCAAUGACUGCUUUCUGAAAAUACCCAGGAGACCCGAUCAGCCUGGUAAGGGAAGCCUCUGGGCUCUUCAUCCAGACUGUGGAGCCAUGUUCGAAAAUGGCAGCUUCUUGCGUCGGCGAAAACGCUUUAAGUCAGAGAAGGAGAGGAGUACAAAGAUGGUGAAACUCAUCACUCAUGACAGCAAGGACGAGGUGAAAGACGACAAUCCUGUGCGCUGCAUCUCACCACUUGAUACUACUCCAUCAGGUUUCAAGCACCCGUUCAACAUAGAAAACCUAAUUGCAUCGGACAUGAAGAGCGUCCAGUCCUGUCAAACCAUGACUGCCUCAAUUCCCUCUCUACCAACCUGUCCUUCGUGUAUGAACCCUCAUUCCAGCUCAGCUCUGCCGCCGGGGUAUCAAGGAAACCUCUGGCCCCCUGUUCCUUCGUACUUCGCCAAACCAUGCGCCCAUCAUGAACAAUUAAAAGAGUACGAAAUUGCAAGACUGGGGCAGCAUUUUUAUCACGCUGGAGACCUUGCGCCCUUUUACGCAACAGUUCCAGUAACAAGUGCAGUCCUUCCGCAAAGCAUGUUUCGGUGAUGGAAAGGCCGUAUGCACAGAGUCGUUGCCCCGUUGCAGGAAGCGUCUAUAUUUAAUGCCAAAAACUCUUAAUUUAUCGCUGCAGAGAGCAACUUUGUAAUGACUCUGAAUUGCUUGCGCUGGUACGGAAAAUUUUGGAACAAGGUAUGAUUUCGAGGUGUUAAAUUUUAACCCAUUUAAAUCAGAGAAAAGAGACACGUUUCCUCCUCGUUUAGUUCGUUAAGAGAUUAUUUAAAAGUUAAGGUUGAUACUUGAACAAAUUACGUUUGAAAAGCCCAUGUUUGUUUUAGCGUUUAUGUUUCGAGACGCCGAACAUGUAGAGUCUGUAGCAGGGGAUAUUUGCUCGCUUAAAAGUACCAGGGCAUCGACGAAAAAAAUCCUUUAUAAAUACGAG